GUAGAGCGAUGGGUAGGAGUAGACCAAGGAUACGAUCCCGCCAUUGACAACGACUGGCAGCUGCUGCCCUUCCUCGCCUUGUCUGACGGAGCCCACGCUGCCACGGAAGACUUUUCGUACUUUACCCUCGUUUUAAAGAGCACACCCGAGCGCUCACUCUUCGGCAUAAGCUGUACCCGUCAGCUCGACUCGAGGGAGCUGCUCAACAGGCCCGCCGAUGUCACUCGUAGCACUGUCCAGAAAGCAGUCGUCGUCAUUACCGAGAACCCGCAAACAUUCACCGCCAUACGAGAGAAGCUCAGCGUCGUGACAAAGGCUUGGUUCGCACAAAAAGACUUUGAAGAUGUUGAGAUUCUAGAGCGUUUUCAAGAGAGUCUGAACAAGGGCUUUGGCAGCCAGGAAGAUGAUAGAGACCUCUACUUUGUUCAAAUGGCAGACCCUGGUGCUUUUCAAGUGUCUGCUGUUGCAGCCAAAGCCCUAGAUGCUCUUUUUGGCUCGAACUGUGAAAAGAUGUGCCUUGUCCAGUUCUCCCUCAUUUCUCUCAUACCAACCCUCAUGCGCCAUCUUCGCGAUUGCGCAGAUCCUCGUAUGGAUUACUAUGCUACACACGUAGAGAAGCCUACCUCGUUGAAGACAAGCGAACGAGCUUCACUCCUGGCCUAUAUGGGAGUGCCUCUACAAAUCUUUGGAAAAGGCAGUCUAUUUGGUCCAUACACGCCAUUACAACAGCUGGACACAUUGGCCGACCAAGACACGAAAUCGUACGUUGUCGGCUCUACGAACCAACUACUUCUUCAACAAAAGGAUCGCUAUGCAGAUAUCUUGGUAAAUCUCGAUGAUAAUACCAUCAACAUAUACUCGCCAUCUCUGCGCAAUGCCUUGGCUUUGUCGACUGCAGACAGACGAUGGAUCGAUUUCCUCACUCAGUCUGUACACGACACAUGGGACGAAAACAUCCCAAGCCGGCCGAAGGAUAUGGGUUACGCAGGCAGCGAAGAAUUUAUCCGCCUACAGUUCGAGGAAUACCUGCUCUCCUUACUCUCAGCCUCGAAAUACAGCCGUUUCGUCUCUAGUCACAAGGGAGACCCUAAGGCCCUACUCUCAGAAGUCGAGGGCGAUCCUGCUGUCGAGUUUGGCAGCGAAUUUAUGAAUCAGUGGGCUUUGACUGAGAACUUUGCUCUCUUUGAACGCACGACAGAUUCGCAUCUUUUCGAUGUCGUUGAACCGCGACACCCGUGUGCUGGUGGCUUGACCAUUGAAGACGUGCAACGUAGACUCGCUGCUCAAGUCUCGGAACUGCAUCUAGAUGAGCGUUGGAGAGGCAGUAAGGAAGCUAUGGGCAAACAUAUAUCGACCGGCCGCGAGCGUGUUGCUGGCGCCAUUAAUACGCUCUGGGCCGACAUUGAGGUCAUGCGAGAAGCUCAGCGUAGACGUGCUGAAGAGCACAAAGCUACUGCCGCGAACAUCCCACCAGCUUCCGAGGAAAAGAUGGCUCAAGCUCAAGCAUCGGUUCAAGCAGCCUCUUCACGCGCCGGUGCCUAUCUCUCCUCAUGGGGUGCUUGGGCAUCCGAAAAGCGCAAGAACUGGCAGAAGCCCGAGAACAGCAAUACCGCUGCUGUCCCCAAACCCCCGAUCUCGCCUUCUACUGAGAUAUGGGCUGCAGAGGAGUCCAGACCUGCUGUUACGACUGUAUCGGAAUUGAGCAACGAACGAGCAACUCAACCUGCUGCACCGAUCACAAACGAGAGAGGUAGUAAUCUGAAAGACGUUGUUAAGGAAGAGGAUGCAGAGGAAGAUGUACAGAAAACACAACAAGAGGAUAUUGCGAGUCAAGUAGCGGCAGAGGAUCCAUGGGCGCAAGAGAAGAUC